GGCAAAGAAACCUAAUUGGGUGAAAUAAACAUCGGUCAUCUGAAGCCUCUAUAGUCCGCAGUGGACAUAAGAAGCCCUCCACACAACGCAACUUUCUCCCCCAGACGCUUCGUUUCACUUCAUUGGGUCUCAAAGGAAGCCAAAAUGAGCGGUGUGGUUGUGCAGAAUUUGUCCUUUAAGACGGGACAGACUCUGACUGUUACAGGAGUCCCCAGUGCUGAUUCCACAAAUUUUGCCAUUAACAUUGGUCACAGUGCCGAGGAUAUCGCUCUACACAUGAACCCUCGUUUUGAUGCCCAUGGUGACCAGCGCACUAUAGUGUGCAAUUCAUUACAGGAUGGAAACUGGUGUGAGGAGCACAGAGAGGCCAGCUUUCCAUUUAAUCAGAACGAGGAGUUCCAGAUAAAAAUCACUUUCACCAAUGAGGAGUUCCUGAUGACUCUUUCUGAUGGUUCUCAGAUUCGCUUCCCUAACCGUCAAGGCGCUGAGAAGUACAAAUAUAUGUACUUUGAAGGAGAGGGCAGGAUCCAUGGGAUUGAAAUCAAGUAGACUAAUUUCACUUACUGAGUAUUAAGUAUCUCAAUCACACUAUUAUCACUUGUAUGUCAAAUCAGCCUAAUAAUUUUACUGUGGCACUGCCUAUCUAAAACCACUAGAGGGAGCGCAACUACAAUAAAUUGCCAUGAGCGUCAACUAG